CUACCAACCGGAGCGGAGAGCCCUCCUCCAGCAGUAUCCUCCAAAUGCUAACGUCCUGCCUACCGCCCCUCUGUCCCAUUUCCGUUCCUCGAUCUCUUCUUCCUGCGAAAAGCUCGAAGCUUUUUGCAAUUGCAACGACUAUUAAUGGCUGCCGUUCUAAACUAAUCACGGAGGCUAUUACUACUAGCUCCCGACGGCGCAGUUAAUCCCCCUCUCCCAUAAACGCCGUCGCCUCCCGCUCCCUAAUCCUUCGCCUCCCCGCCGCUGGUGCCGCUGGUGGUAGCGGUAGCAGUGGUACUAGGUGGCGGUUAGGUGGAGGCGACGCGAGGGAGCCAAGGCCGUAGGGGUCGGUGGAAAGAAGCGGUGCUUGCGGUAGAGGAGGAGGUGGAGAGAUGGUCGUGGCUGUGGCGGCGGCGCGGCGGAGGCGGGCGUGGCGGUGGGCCAUGCGGGCGGUGGCCAGCGCUGUGAUGUGGACGGCGGUCCUGCAGCUGGCAUCCAUCACUGGCCUCUGGCGCCCCAGGGUCUUCGCCGACUGCUGGGGAGGGUCAGGGUCCGGGGCCGCCUCGGCCGGCCUCGCCGCGCUCGCCGGCGAGGACCGGGUCGCCGCCCGGCUCUCCCCUCCGGCGCUCGUGCCCAGGAGAGUUUAUAGAAGCAAUGGCUAUUUGCUGGUGACUUGCAACGGAGGCCUUAAUCAAAUGCGAGCCGGGAUAUGUGAUAUGGUGACCAUAGCACGCCAUAUGAAUCUAACAUUAGUGCUCCCUGAACUCGAUAAAAGGUCUUUCUGGGCUGAUCCAAGUGAUUUCGGAGAUAUAUUUGAUGUGAACCACUUCAUUAAUUCCUUAAGAGACGAACUAAAAAUUGUCAAAGCACUACCAUUGAAACUCCAGCUAAAAACUAGGAGAAGACUUUAUUCGAUGCCUCCUAUCAGCUGGUCGAACGAUACAUACUACUUAAAGCGGGUAUUACCCAUUGCAAGGAAGCACAAAGUAAUCCAUUUCAAUAAAACAGAUGCACGGCUUGCAAACAAUGGCCUUCCUAUCCAUCUCCAAAUGCUGCGCUGCCGUGUCAACUUUGAGUCCUUGAGAUUCACUCCACAGAUUGAGGCCCUCGGCAGAAAACUUAUCUCCACCCUUCAGCGAAGUGGGCAAUUUGUUGUGCUUCACUUGCGUUAUGAAAUGGACAUGCUCUCCUUUUCAGGCUGCACACAUGGCUGUUCUGAUAAAGAAACUGAGGAGCUCACCAGAAUGAGAUAUGCAUAUCCAUGGUGGAAAGAGAAGGAGAUCGAUUCUGGAUCCAAGAGGCUUCAGGGACUUUGCCCUCUCACACCUGAGGAAAUUGCUCUAGUGCUUAAAGCUCUAGGAUUUUCUAAGGAUACGUUGAUAUAUAUUGCCUCUGGUGAAAUCUAUGGAGGUGAAAGACGGUUGGCUGCUCUGAGGGCCGCCUAUCCUAAUUUGGUAAGAAAGGAAAAACUUCUAUCUCCCGAUGAAUUGCGGCCAUUCCAGAACCAUUCGACCCAGAUGGCAGCACUGGACUACAUGGUUUCGAUAGCAAGCAAUGUUUUCAUCCCCAGUUAUGACGGGAAUAUGGCAAGGGUUGUUGAAGGUCACCGCAGGUAUAGUGGCUUUCGCAAGACCAUCUUAUUGGACAGGACAAAACUUGUUGAACUUUUGGAUCACUUCCAAGGAGGUUCAUUGUCCUGGGUUGAAUUCUCUGCUGCUGUGAAGGAGGCACACCAGAAUCGCAUGGGCCAACCCACAGACAGAAGGGCCAUACCUGGCCGGCCCAAGGAAGAGGACUAUUUCUAUUCUAAUCCCCAAGAAUGCCUUGGUUCGAUGGGGAGAUUAAGAGAUGUUUCCUGAUGAUACCCGGAAAAGCAUUGCAAAUAAGUAUUGAUGCUGACCUGAUAGCAUAGCGCUAACCCAGUGACACCAUGACUUCUGUACAGCUAACCAAAGCUCCUUCUGCUUACUGAUUGUUCACUUUAGGUGCAAGCAUAUCUACAUGCCGGAGUGUCUAUAACGAGAUUCCUUAACAGAAUAAAGUUGAGAAAGAACUCAAGGCAUCCGUGUUCGGAAAGAAGAGACGCCACAUGAGCAGCCAAUCUGCUCUCGAUUGCCACUUCCAGUUUUAUGGUUGUUGUAGUUCAUUAGUUUGUCUUUUUUUUUCUAUUUCACUCCCCCAUCUCCAUGCUCUUGUCUCUUUGUUUUCUUUAGGGCCCUGACUUUGAUCAUGGUAUGUCGAAGAUCUUUUUUUAUGAGGAGUUUCCUCAAAUAUUUUUUUGUACUAGUCACCAAAGCCAUUAUGAAAUUUCAGCUCAUACAGAAAUUUUCUGACAAGCAAUACCUUUGGAGAGCUUGAAGAUAAGACGAUUCAAUUUAAUUCUUUCCGGCAA